GGUGUCCUUACAGUCGAUAUUUACAGAUGGCGAGUCCACCAUCUUUAGUACUACCGUACGAUGGUUUAACACGUCGAUGUGCUUAAAAACGAGGCUCUUUCCUUCUGUUCCAAUCGCGAAGGGGCUUCACAAUGGGUGCAUAUAAGUAUAUGCAAGAGUUGUACCGUAAAAAGCAGAGCGAUGUGCUUCGCUUUUUACUUCGCGUCAGAUGCUGGCAAUAUCGCCAGUUGACCAAAAUGCAUCGUGCCCCCAGGCCAUCCAGACCAGAUAAAGCUCGCCGUUUAGGUUACAAAGCUAAACAAGGUUUUGUCAUAUUCAGAAUCCGUGUGAGGAGAGGCGGCCGCAAACGUCCUGUCCCCAAAGGUGCAACAUAUGGGAAACCAAAAAGCCAUGGUGUUAAUCAACUAAAGCCCACCAGGAAGUUGCAGUCUGUUGCUGAAGAACGUGUUGGUCGUCGCUGCGGUGGUCUAAGAGUGCUGAACAGUUACUGGGUAGCUCAGGACUCUACAUAUAUGUAUUACGAAGUUAUAUUGGUUGAUCCUGCACACAAGGAAAUUCGUAAUGAUCCAAAGAUUAAUUGGGUUUGUAACGCCGUACACAAACACCGUGAACUUCGCGGAAAGACAUCGGCUGGCAGGAGCUCACGUGGAUUGGGUAAAGGACAUCGUUUCUCACAAACUAUCGGCGGUUCGCGUCGUGCAGCAUGGCUGAGACGAAACUCAUUAUCGCUUCGCAGGAAGCGAUAAGUUAUUUGAAUGUUUAUAAUUUAAAGACACACGCGAACAAGAUACAUCAUUCUAUUGAUAUAAUAUACGAACUGUUGUAUCGAUAUUAUGGUAUAUCCUGUGCGAAAUAAAAAUCCUUUCUUUAAGAACCGC